AUGGACGAGCGCUCCGGCAGCGCAACAAGCUCUCGAACAGUCGGCAGUGGGGACAGAUCACAAUCACAAUUAACCGUUCGAGUGCAAUUAUUCCCACAUUCGGACCGGCCCCACCAACCCACAGGCCCCUUUGGCCGUUCGCUCCUGCACAGCUACACUGCCUUCUCGUUCUCGCCCGUCGAAAAGGACCUCGUCCCGGGAAGCAUCGUGCGGAUAGGUCGGAAGGUCGACCGCCAUUCCAGCAGCGUGGGAGAAAAUUCCUUAUCGCAGUCCCUGACCAGACAAAAGACUCGCCGAGGUGACAGGGCCCAUAAUGUCGCUAACGGGGUUGAGGAGAUGGAGUUUGCCGUCGAUAACCCGUCCGUUGCGCAAUAUCUCGACGAGAUGAUGAUGGAUGAGGAGGAGGCACAGCCUGGCGAAGACAGGAAUACCCGCGGCGGCCACCGGACCAAAUCGAAGAGCAGGGAAUCGUCCGUGCCGUCCCGCUCGGGUGUCUCGCGCACAAAGACGAUCAAGCGGAAGGCGGAAUUCGUUGCGUUUCGAUCCAAGGUCGUGUCCCGAACGCAUGCGGAGAUGUGGGUGGGAAAGGACGGAAAGCUGUACUUUCGCGACAUUGGGUCGUCGUCCGGCACGUUUCUGAACCGGCUGCGGCUCAGCAAUAGCGGGAGUGAGUCGUCUCCAUAUGUGCUGAAGAACGGGGAUGUUGUGCAAUUGGGCGUUGACUAUCAAGGUCGCGCUGAGGAGAUCUACAAGUGUGUGAUGUUCAAGAUAUUCAUCACUGUGAAGGCUGGACCGCCGAAGAUUGUUGAUCCACGAAGACUCAAAGGCGCAUUGGAGAACCUAAUAACUGCAAUGAACCCCUCCGCAAGUUCAUCCGAUAUACCCACCUCCGAAUGCUGCAUCUGCCUCAACAACCUCUCCCCACUCCAAUCCCUUUUCCUCGCACCCUGCUCCCACUGCUUCCACUACAAAUGCGUCACGCCCCUUCUCGGCUCCGGCGGCAUGUUCCUUUGCCCCAUGUGCAGACAAGUCGCCAAUCUCGACGCAAACGUCGCCGACGAGGAAAAUGCUUGGAUGGCGCUGAGCGGUGGUGGUGGAGAUACCCACGCUGGCACUACUAUCGAGGAAAUCGAAGCGGCGAGUGGCAGAGUUUUGAAAAAAGAUGUGGAUGAGAAUGUGAAGCGGAUCUUGCAGGAGGCUGAGUGUCCCAUUGCGAGAGUCACUGCGCAUGACCUGGACGCACUGGCAGACGACGCCGACGCUGCCGAACCCGAAUCGCCUGCCAUCAAGGAGGAGAUGCCACACGUCAAAUUCACAGCCCCGCCGCGGAAAAGCUCGUUCAUACCCCCCGUGCCCAUGGACAUCGACACCGACUCCGCCGCCGCAAUCCUGGUCCCGGAACUCAUCGCUCCCCCCGCAGAACAUCCUAGCAAUGCCGAAAAUCAACAAGCAGACGAACCCCUACUGCUAGACGACUCGACCUUCCCCGGCCCCCGACGCCUCUCCUGGAGCACGACUCUCGUCCGACCGACGCGCGAACCGCAACCCGAUAACAGCAACACCGAUACCCCCGCCAUGGAAAUCGACACCCCAGCUUCAGCCCCAUCAUCAUCCCCCGCACUCCUCCCGCCCUCCACAUCAACAACAAACCUCCACCGCAACAAAACCCAAGUCAACCCGCGUCGCGGCGGCCCCAGUCGACGAAACACUAACGACAGCCUUACCAAAACCUCGGUGCCCGCGGUGCCAACAUCGGCACGAGGAGGAGCGGUGAAUAUGCCGUUGAGGGAGGGGGAUGAGGAUGAGAACUCGCGCUUGAGGGCUCUGCUUGCAAGCUUGUUGCCGGACCUUGGUGAGAGUGUGAGGGAGAGGGUUUUGAGGGAUUUACCGGAGCUUGGGAGUGGGUGA